UGCACCAUGGAGGAGACGGUGCCCUCGGUGGAGACCUACGAGGCAGCCAUGGUGCUGAGCGGGGUGGGGGACGCGCUGGGCUACCGGGGAGCCCGCUGGGAAUACUGCACCUCGGGCCCCCAGAUCCACGGCGAGCUGGCCGAGCUGGGGGGGCUGGCAGCCAUCAGCCUGGAGCCCCCCGAGUGGCCCGUCAGCGAUGACACCGUCCUGCACCUCGCCACCGCCGAGGGGCUGGCCACAGGCCUGGAGGGAGAACCCCUCCUGCAGGAGCUGGCUCGCCGCUAUGUGGCCGCCAUGGGGGACAUGGAGGGACGCAAGCCCGGACCCAGCAGCAUCCUAGGCACCUCCCAGCUGCGGCCGGGGGAGCCCGAGGGUUAUCGCAUCCCCUUCAACCCCCGCGGCACCGGCUGCGGGGCUGCCAUGCGCAGCCUGGCCAUCGGCCUCAGGUACCCACACGCCUCAGAGCUGCCAACUCUGAUCCGGGUGAGCAUCGAGAGCGGGCGCAUGACCCACCACCACCCCACCGGAUACCUUGGAGCACUGGCAGUGGCCCUCUUUGGGGCACUGGGGGCUCGGGGCGAACCCCCAGAACGCUGGGGGGCUGAGCUGCUGCGGGUCCUGCCCCUGGCAUGGGACUACGUGGAGGGCACCGGCGUGGCCGUGGAGGACAAUGCUGCUGCCUGGCCAUUCUUUGGGGAGGCGUGGCACCGGUACCUGGCCUCGCGUGGGCUCCUGGAAGGCGGCGGCCCGCCGCGGGUGCCAUCCCUCGCAUCCGCAGCGGAGCGGGACACCGAGUACCUCGGCUGGGCGUUGGACGGGUGGCCGGGGCGCAGCGGCCACGACGCCCCCAUGGUGGCCCUGGAGGCGCUGCUGGCGGCCGGCGGGAGCUGGGAGGAGCUGUGUGCCCGGGCGGUGCUGCACGGCGGGGACAGCGAUUCCACGGGCACCAUCGCCGCCGGCUGCUGGGGGCUGCGGGGCGCGCUGGCCGCCGUGCCCCCGGGGCUGCACCGCCGCCUCGAGUACCGCGGGCGGCUCCGCGAUGCUGCCCGGAGGCUCCACGCCCUGGCCUGGGGGGCACGCUGAGAUAAUAAACUGAAAUAAACAGGG